CAGGUCAUGCGCAUCGAUCCCUUCUUGGUCGCUGCGGGAGGGGGCUCCUCCGCUCUCGAACUCUUCGGCGAUGUGGGAACCACAGGCUACAAGUGGCUGCAUGGGGUAAUGAGCCAAACGAGCUCCAUUUAUGCCGUGCCAGCGGGUGCAUCAACAGUGCUUGUCAUAGACACAGCAUCGCUCAAUGUUUCGGAGUUAGCUAUCGGAGCAACUCUACCCGCAUCUUUCGAGAACUUUGUACAUAGUGUCCUUUCGCCUCAAGGCGACAUUUUUGGCAUUCCUGCUGACUCGACUUUUGUGCUUUGGAUUCGGCCUUCAACCCAGGCAGUGUCAACGCUUGGAAAUUUCAGCAGUGACACUCUCAAGUGGGGCUCUGGCAUCUUGGGCCUCGAUGGCAUCAUCUACGGCAUCCCUGGAGCCGCCACAGUGAUUCUUCGAAUCGACCCAGCCACUGAUCCGCCGACGCUGGAUGAGACUCUGGGAGACGGACUAUUUGAUGCCACCACGCAGAAAUGGUCAGCUGCGAUCCUCGGUCCAGAUGGGCGCAUCUUCGGUGUACCACACGGAGCAUCACAGGUGCUAUUGAUUGAUCCUGCAUUGAGCAGUGUCUUCCUGGUCGGACCUGUGUGGGGCGGCGGCCUUUACAAAUGGCAAGGUGGCAUCCUGGCGAUUGAUCACUCGAUCUAUAUGAUGCCGUAUGACAACGAGCGCGUCUUGCGGGUCAUCCCCAAUAGCACCGGAGCGGAUGUGGUCGAGGAGGUUCUUGAUGGCUUCACCCUACCUGGAGAGCAGAAGUACAGCGGUGUGGCCAUGGUUCCCAGCGGUGCCCUUUUCGCCUUCCCAGCCUAUGCUGCAGAGGUCUUGUCGAUGGUGCCUGCUGUGGAUCUUUGCUUAGCAGGACCUCAGUUCCAGGAGUCCGUGUGCACUCUGGGUCAGAGCUGUACGGUGGAGCUGACUCCAACCCCAGAUUGGCCCACCAAUUUGUCCAAUGGCAUUCUUUGGGUGUCUCCAGCAGGCAGCCUUUGUCAAGAGCAGCUGAAUCUGGAGGUGAUUGGAUUCACCAAUCCGCAGACAGAACCCACUCAAACAGGUCAGGGCGAGCAAGUGACGCAUUCCUUCGGGACUGGUCUCUCCGGGAAUGUCUCCACUCAGAGCUUGUUGUGCUGGAAGUUCCACGCGAGCUCGCUGGACAUCAUUGAGCUUGGGCAGUUUCAGCUUCUUGGUCCCUACCAAAACCAUCAGGUGAUUUGCAAUCUUGGAGAGCCAUGCCUUGUGAUCUUGAAUGGCGUUGGCUUGGACAAUUCAAGUUGGGUGCUAGCCGCUGCUGCCAAUGGGUCCUGCAACGUGUCGAACGAGACGCUCGCGGACUUCCAGGGUUUUGCCAAUCCCGUGAAGUAUGAUGGCUCUCCAGGGGAAAGUGCAUCUUUUGGGCUGGGCGAAGCCAUAAAUGGCACUGCCGGGAGCUAUGAAAUUUGCUGGAGCUCAAGCACUUUGACUUCACCAAGCUUGGACUUAUUUGUGACACACGUCGGCUCUUUGGUGGUCAAUGGGCCCUUUUUGGCCACAUCCAUUGACCUCAGUUGCUGGGUGCAGUUCGAAUGCUCUUUGGUGGUCGCUGGAGUGGGCCUUUCGGCCCAGAAUCAGCUGACCAUUGGGCAGCUCGACUGCAACAGCACCAUGCAGUUGGCCAUGAUCGACGGGUUCUCCAAUCCAGUCACUUCCACCAAUGGCACAACAUAUGUCAUCGGAGCUGCUUUGGCUGCCUACCGCGACCGCUUGGUCCUUUGUUGGCAUGCAACAUCAACAGCAACUGGCAUCCCUCUUGGAACGCUGAUGGUUUAUGGUCCUGUCAAUGGUGGGCUGCACAUCACCUGCCGUUUGAAUGACACGUGCAGCAUAUCGCUGGCCAAUGAGACCAUCAUUGGGUACAUUGAUGACGGCUUCAGCUUGCAAAAUCGCCUGCAGCUGGAGAAGCAGGACUCAUGCACUGGCAUUCCGGCCUCGCUCUGGGGCAACUUGAGCCAACCUGUGGUGCCAAGCGCCACUCUUGUGGCCAACUUUUCAUCGCUUUUCUUCGACUUGUUCGCACCCACGGCCAACAACGUGACAGCGGCGGAUGAGGUGUUAGGCGCGUACUCUUUGUGCUUGUCAUUGGGAGAUGGACCCUUUGCCAUGAAGCUAGGCCUUCUCCUCAUUGAAGACGUGUUCUGUGCAGCACCUGAAGGCAUUGUGCAGGCGCUGGAGCCUGCUUGCUUGUCUUCAACCACCGGCCUGUCUGCCUCAAGCCUCCGACACGGUGAGAGUUGCAUCACGCAGUGCGACGCAGAGUCCACCGAAUCGCUCAAUUCCUUGGAUUGCGUCUAUGGUGAGCUGCAGCCCGCCAGCUUCGAAUGCUUCAGGUCAUGCACCACGGCUCCUGUGGUGAACAACGGCCUCAGCCAUGAAUCCUGCGCUGGCCUGCUUCACGGUGCAGUGUGCGAUUUGCAAUGUGCAGCUAACACUGUGGCAAGUGGCUACCUCUUAUGCAACUUUGGCUUCUUCAUUCACAAGGCACUGUUGCCGGGUGAAUUUCUCUUUGGUGUUCCUCGCUGCUAUCAAAGCUGCGAUGCCACAACAGUUUGUGGGGCUGCCUACGCGCUGUUGCCUCAUGCUGAGAGUUGCCAAGUGGUUUGCCCCAGUGGUUCAAGGCCGGACACGUCCACGGUGAGCUGCCGAGAUGGAACACUGGACCCUCCCAGCCCUGAAUGUUUGGCCGGAUGCACCAGUGGCCCAGAUGUACAGAAUGCCACCAACACGAACGAAUGCGGAUCCGUGGUGAGCGGAACGGCGUGUUCAAUUCGAUGUCAGGCAGGCUAUGCCAAGACUGGAGACCCAGUUUGCACACGUGGCACUUGGAGCAUCGAGCGCUGCUUAGCUCCUUGUGUGCCCCCUGCGGUGGCCAAUACCACGGAUGGGUGGAGCAGCUGCAAUGGGAUCAUUGAUGGAGGGGUUGUGCCACACAGUGUGCCUUGUACUCCAGCAUGUAAGACAGGGCUGGUUGUGCUCUGCAUCGCCUCCAACAUCGUCUUGGCAAAAGCAGGCUUCCUGCCCGAAGUGCCGGGCGGACUCGGUGAACUCAGCUGCUUUGAUGGGCAGCUGUCACCAAGUUCUUUCCUCUGCCGGGCACCCUGCUCUCAGGCCCCCAGCGUGGCCUUCGCGGAUCAGACCUUGUUGGCGGCCUGCGCAGGAACGCUCCACAACCAGAGCUGUGAAGUGAGCUGCCUAGGAGGCCGUAUCAAGACCGGGGACCUGGCAUGUCAGGACGGUGUCUUCAGCAGCGCCUCCUGUAUGCAGCUUUGCACCUCCCCACCAAUUGUGGCCAACGCUUUGCCUGUCUCAGGGUGCACGGCUCGCCCGAAUGGAGCAACAUGUUCCAUCCAGUGUGCCGAGGGUUUCUCCUCACCCCCAAACUUGUCCGCGGCAGUCUGCACGGAUGGAGCGUGGUCGGAGGUGCGCUGCGACAAGGCAUGUGCCGCCCCAGCUGAUGUUGAACAGGCAGCAGAACCCAGCUGCCAAGAAGGGCUGACAGUUUACAGCGGCGGCGCUUGUACGCCAAGCUGUCAAGAAGGUCUUCAGCCCAACGAGAUCCAGCUGCAGUGCUUUCAAGGAGUGCUUUCGCCACCAGUCUUCAGUUGUGGGCGAGAAUGUGGGGAAGUGGGUUUCAUCGAGCAUGCAGUGCCAGAAGCACUUGUGCGAUGUGUUGGUAUGCAGUACAAGAAGGUUUGCCCUUUGUCUUGCUCUGCGGGCUUUAGACCCAGUGCUGAUCUGUUUUGUGGGCAGCUUGGCUGGCAGCAAUAUUUGCCGUCCGACCCAACUGCACCGCUUGCACCGCUGCCCUCGUGCGAACGCGUCACCUGCAGCUUGCCCUUGCCCUCGGUGCCGGGCUCCGACCAGGCAGCUGUGGCCUCUGGGAGGUUGUGCGUCACUGCGAUCGCUGGCGACAACUGUUCAGAUGUCCAAUGUCCUCUUGGGAGCGUCCUAUCUGGACACUUUCAGUGUGGAGAUUCUGGUUUAUGGAGGCCAGUCCCUGCACCUGGAACCAGCGAGGUGAAGUGCGCAGAGCAGCUAUGCCCAGAGAAUUCCCCGGCACCAAUACAAGGAGAGUCCACUUUCUGCCUUGAGAGGGCCAUUGGGUCCACAUGCCCUCUUACCUGCCCCAAUGGCUACCGCAGUACCAGUGGCUACAUCUGUGGGAGCGAUUCGCAAUGGGUUCCACUUCCUGGCCCUGCUCCGGCAUGCUCACCAGGGACCUGCGACACUCUGCCAAGUCUGGGAAACGCUCUCUUUUCGGAGGCCUGCCUUGGACUUCCUUCCGGUGGAACUUGCCAAGGUGAGUGCAUUCCUCCCUGGCAACCAUUGGGACAGUACCGCUGUGAAGCUGAGCGUUGGGUAGAGGUCCCUCUUUGCCUUCCACCAGAGAUGUCAGCCAAUGCCAGCUUACCAACGGUGCCAGCAGUGACAUUCAGCGCUUUGCUCGAGCCCUCCAGCGACUUGCAAGACUUCUACAGCCUUGACGAGUGGGCCCUGCUUUCUGAAGGGCCCAUGGAACAAUCGGUGAGAAGACUGGUGACCGAAACUGCUCCGGCCACCUCUCCAGCGACGGUUCGAGUCAUUGGCAAACGAGCGGAAGAGGCGUCCUCUGGACAGGCUCGUAGAGUUCAGAGCGUGGCAGAGUUGAAACCUCCAGCCUGGCUCGUGGAGUUUCAUCUCCUCAUUGCUCCGAAUCCUGUUGCAGCGGCUGGCCAGCAGGUGAUGGCAGCACUGAGGCAACUGCAGCCAGGGCAGAUGGCGGAGGGUUUCGUCCAGGCGCUCCCAGCCGUGGCGCGGCCGGAGGUCUUGCGCCUCACAGCUGCAGCGCCUCAGCAGGUGUCUUUGCCAACUCCAGCUGCUGAAGCGCUGGCCCAACCAGACGGGCUCGUGUUGACCACCACAACCACCACAACCACACAGCCGGUUUGGACUCCUGCCACCCAGCCAAGUGAAGGGUCGAAUCAGUCGGGGAGUGGUGAUGCCAAUCUUGCAGAUGACACUGGCUUUGAUGCUCGUUGGAUUCUGCUGAUCAUCUCCAUCCCGUUGGCCUUCGCGCUCGCCAUUUUCGUAAGCCGUAGCCUGCGCCGCUACUUCACUGCCUCCCAUGAGACGGUGACUGAGGCAGACAAGGUGGACUUUCAGUAUGUCUUGAGGGAGGAGCGCCUCAGCGAUGAUGCAGCCGGUGACGUGAGCCUCAACCAGGUCAAGGGCCAUGAGCGGAGGCAAACGAUGCGCGCGCAGCGUGAAGAUCUUCAUGCCGCCAUGACCACAGGCAUUUUAGAAGCUGCUGCCGCAGAGGUGGAAGCGGAGACAGAGCAACCGGAGGAUGAGGAGCGAACGUAUGACCUUGCAAAGCUGGGCGACCAAAAGCAGAUGCCGACGAUAGGCCUAGGCUUAGAGACUCUUCAGAAUCCUGAGAGACGUCAAACGCAAGCCCCGGAUUGUAUGGUGGAUGUCAGGAGUUUGCGACAAGGGACCGGCGAGAUGAUGGUACGCUCACAAACCAAUUUGACAAAAAGGGAGAAGCGUUCCAUAUUCAAGAAGGCGCUUUGGGCGUGUUGGGCAGAAGUAUGGUACAGCUUUCUCGAGGCGUUCCCGCUUCUAAACAAAUGCUGCCGUUGUGACAAACUGAGAGUUCGGGUCAGAACAGUGAGGGAGAGAGAGAGAGAGAGCGAAAGCGAAACAGUGUUGUAG